CCCGGGGCGGACUCCCGCGCUCCUGCCGCCGCGCCCUGGCGCUGGCGUGCGCUCGGUCGGCCUCCGGGCAGCCCUCUCCGCCCCGCCGUCGCUACGCCAUCAAGAUGGCUGCGCCCAGCGAGCCGGCGGGCUUUUCCCGCGGUCUCUUUUCCUUUCCGCCGGGCGGCGCGCGCUCCGACAUGACCGACGACCUGGUGACUGACGCGCGGGGCCGCGGCGCGGGGCACAGGGAAGCCGCCGGGCCUGCCGCGACCCCGGCACCGCAAGGUUUGGAGCACGGGAAGCGACCGUGCCGGGCCUGCGUGGACUUCAAGUCGUGGAUACGGACUCAGCAGAAGCGGGACGUCAAGUUUAGGGAGGAUUGUCCAGAGGAUCGGGAGGAAUUGGGUCGCCACACCUGGGCUUUCCUCCACACGCUGGCCGCCUAUUACCCGGACAUGCCUACCCCAGAACAACAGCAGGAUAUGGCCCAGUUCAUACAUAUAUUUUCCAAGUUUUACCCCUGCAAGGAAUGUGCGGAAGACAUAAGGGAGAGGAUAGGCAGGAACCAGCCAGACACAAGCACUCGAGUUUCCUUCAGCCAGUGGCUGUGCCGCCUGCACAAUGAGGUGAACCAGAAGCUGGGCAAGCCUGACUUUGACUGCUCAAGAGUAGAUGAGCGAUGGCGUGACGGCUGGAAGGACGGCUCCUGUGACUAGAAGACCGCUGGCAGAGCAUGUGGGCAGUCUAGCCAGGAUCUCUGGGCAGCCUGGCUAGAGAGGGACAGCCUAUUGAUUAAAGUGCAUCUGAGCCAAAGCUUGUUUUGGUGGUGGGGAGAGGGGGUCCCUGGCACGCUGUCUAUGGGAAGCCCAUCCACAAGAUUAAGAAGUGAAGCUGCCUGCUACAGACACUUGGGUGGCCUCCUCAGCCUAGGCCCCAUGGGUCUGAAGAUGGAGACGUAGUCCAGGGAGUCUCAUGCUCUUCCUAAUGCAGCCUCUUGCUCAUUAUACCCCUGGGACAUAGUUGCCUCAUAGCAAGAUAGGCUAGAGCAUUGCCUUCCUACUGCAUAGCCGGGGUGCCUACGGAGCUGUGACCCUGGCAACUCUGUGCCAUUUCAGAACUGAAGCACGGUACUGAGCUGUCUCUCCUGUACCUGCUCUAGUAGUUUUUCUAUUAGGGUAUACCCACUGUGGUACCCGCUGUGCCUGGCACAUGGUCUUCCACAGCUAUGACAGGCGUGCCAGCAGAGGAUCCUGGAAACAGCUUCCUAGAGUCUGAGACCAAAAUAAAGUGAAGCGACUUAGA